AUGAAUUAUCUAGACGUAGAUUAUACACGACCCCCUAAUCGAGGACCAGAUUUUCAGCAUGAUAUCGUCCUUGUCACCAGCGCCUGCUCCGGAAUUGGUAAGGCAGUCACCGAAGAAUUAGUGUCAAAGGGAUUUAAAGUCAUCGACCUCUCCAACGAUAUAAACAAGCUGAAGCUUCUCGUGGAUGAGCUGAAGGACAAAUCCGGCAAAUUAUAUCCUCUUCAAUGCGACUUAAGUCUUCCGAACGAGAUCGAAAGUGCAUCGGAGUGGAUAGAGAAGAACCUGGGUAGUGUGGACAUCUUAGUAAAUAGCGCUAGUAUUAGCUUAGAUGGGUUCAACAUCAAUGAUGAUAUACAAGAAUUUAAAAAGAUUAUUGAUAUCAACUUGACUCGCUUCUCACUAAGAAGAUUCUGCAAUAAAAAAAUUAUUUGUAUAUCUCUGAUAAAUAAAAAAAAUAUUAGAAAUCGACAAUGGAUCAUCAAUGUCAACGACGUAUGCGGAUUGAAAUUGUUGCCUCUUGUCUCCGACCGACCUCUUUCCCCGGCAUAUGCUGCAAGCAAGUUCGCGUUGACCGCACUGAGUGAAUGUCUUCGUCUGGAGUUGGCCCAAAACGAGUCCAACAUCAAAGUGACCAAUAUCUGUCCGGGCUUAAUGGAGACCGAGCUCAACCAGCAAUGGUUAAAAGAAAAUUCACGAUUGGCUCUAAAACCAAAAGACGUGGCGGACGCUAUUCUCUGCUCGGAGAACGUGCUUAUCAAGAAUCUUAUUAUUAUACCCAUUCGGGAGAUUAAUUGAGACUGGACGAAAUCGUUGUUUAUGACGAACAUUGUAUUUAGAGCACGUAUCGUGUGGCAAAUCAAAAUAAAGCAUUAACAAUUUUCAAAUAUGAUGUCAAUUUUCAAACAUGAAUUCGUCGUAUUUGUCUUAAAAUUCUCAGGCUGAUUUUAUAAGUUUUUAUUUUUUACAUUUUUUAUAUUUUUUUAUUGGCAAUAUUAU